AUGGUGCUCUUUUUCCAGUCGGCGGCGGUCGACCCGCCCGCGACCAUUUACAUGGGACGCGACAAGGUCGAGAACAAGCUCUCUUCUGCACACGUGUAUCUUCGGAUGCCCGAGUCUAUGGAAUGGACUGCGAUCCCCGAGCCGCUUUUGCAGGAUUGUUCGCAGCUGGUGAAGGCGAACUCGAUCGAAGGCAAUAAGAAGGAUAAUAUCACGAUCAUCUACACCCCCCACAGCAAUGUCAAGAAAACUGGUGAUAUGGCCGUCGGUGCCGUGACCUUUUUCAACGACCGCUUGGUGAAGCGUUACUAUGUCAAAGAGCGCCAGAACGCGAUUGUCAACCGGCUGAACAAGACGCGCGUCGAGCGCAAGGUCGACUUUGAAGAGGAGCGCCAGGAGCGCGAGCGUGCGCUUGGCCGCAAAAAGAAAGACUUUGCGAAUGCUCAGAAAAAAGAGACGCUCGAAGCUAAGCGCCGGUACCAAGAAGAGGCGGCGGCGCGCGACUACUCGCACUUGUACUCCGAAGAAGCCGUCGCUGAGCAGCACCGUGUUGAAGAGCGCCGUGCGCGCCUGAAAGCUGCUACCGGCAACGACGAGGAAGACGAAGGCGAAGCGAGCGACGACUCGUUUAUGUAG